AACAUAAUUUAUGAUCGCAUAAUAUACGAUAAACAACAUCAUUCACGAUUUUCUGAAAUUCUCACAUGAAUCCGGAUUCGCCGCCUUAUAUCUAAAACCUGUGGGCUGCUAUAGCGGUAUUGCGUCUUGGCUAGUUAGCAAUAUAUUAUUUUUUGGCAAUUGGGGGGUAAGAAGAACAAAGUAAAAGAUAUGUAUUGGCUCCCCAGUCACCGUCAAAAAAGCCGCACGUAUAUAUAUAAUAAUGAACUUCUCCAUAUAUUAUUCACACAAAGUGAGGAGCUGAAUUGAAGAUCAUAGUUUGAAGAGAAAUGGGUUCACUCGUGCCAGGAUGGGACUCACCUGUCUUAAGGUCCAAGCCAGGAGUUCAGAAGAAUAAAUCACUCACCAUGGAGGAGAUUGAAGCUUACUGGAAAGCACACAAGAAAUCAAAUAGCAUCAGCCAGGAAAUUCGCACGGCUGAUGAACCGGGAAGAAAAAUCCAGAAAUCAAGCUCGUUUCCUGUGAACACAACAAACAUCGGCAGUACAGAUACUGAAACAAGCCCUAGGACUCAACAAAUCUUAAAGAACAAUGGCUGGUGGACAGCGAGCAAUUGGGCAUUUCUGAAUGAACCUCCAAUAUUAGAAGAAGGCGAUUCCAAAACUACUUACGCAGCACAGUUUCAUGUAGCCAACAGCUGGGCCCCUAAAUCAAACGGCCAUGAUCAAAUUAGUACCUGAUUUGUCAUUGAGGCCCAAUAAUCCUUCCCAUAAUAGUGGGUCCAUAUGCUUGAUCCGUCGGUCAUGGGCUUCCAUUUAUGCAACCAGUUUGAUCCGUCACCUUUUCUUUUUCUUUAAUGUUUAAAUUGCUAGGAUCUUAUGACUUAUGAGAUGGAGUUUUUUUGGUAGUACAAAUUGUGUUUCUUGACUUGUACAAAUUGUGUAUACUUAUUUAUGGGAAGUUUCAUGUUCUUUCUA